ACCACGGAGAGGCUUUAGUCUGUUAUCUGGAGCACAGCUGGUCACUUGGCGCAGGGCGCCGGUGGGAGAAGACGCGGACGUAUUGCUCUGUUCUGGGAUAGCAGCCCUGUGCACCACCUGGCCACCGGCUCUCCUCUCCUCUCCUCUCUUCUCUAACAAUAGGUUUUCUCACUUCUGCCUACACAAUGCCUGGCGACUUCUCCAUGUGCUUGUGUCUCAGCCCCCCUCCUCCACACCACUUGCGUCUCCCUACAACAAAGUCAUGUUUGGUUCCAACUUCUCGCCCUUCAGACCCACGUAAAAAGGGUGUAGUCUUUGCCGACGCUCUUGGACUGGCCCUGACCACAGUACGUCACUUCUCUCGUCCGCUCUUCGAAGAAGAUUCACUGGUGCUCGCCUUGGCUUCAUUGAGAGCUCUGCGCCCACUUUCCACCUCUACAUACACUUUGGACUUUCUGCCCCCAACUCAAGACUAUUCCAGUUUCCGGGCUAGGCUCACCCAGCAGCAGGUUUGUCUGGAGCAAUGUGCUGUCCAGGGAGCAGCCGUGGCCGGUACGGUACGUGUGCACAAUAUUGGGUAUGAGAAACGAGUAAUUCUUCGGGUCAGCUACGAUAACUGGAAAAGUCACUACGACCUGCCAUGCUCUUUCCUACGUGAUCCCUAUGGAGGAGGGGAGACGGACACCUUCUCCUUCAGACUUCCGCUUCCUCUGGGCACCAAGCGGGCUGAGUUUUGUAUUUGUUUUUGGUGCCAGGGCACAGAAUAUUGGGAUAAUAACGGAGGGGAGAAUUAUGCUUUGAAGAAGACAGAACGCCGGAGCUAUACACAUGGUAUCUAUUGGUAAAAUGGGUCUAAUGGAACCUAAAAGUACUGGUCCGCUGGAGAAAAAAAGUUGUCAUUGUACAGCCUUCCUUUUGUAGAUCAAAAGGUCGUCUGGAAACCUUUCCAGAUAUGGCUGUGGAGUAGAUGCUAGGCUGCUACUAUCUGAGUCUACCGACGUGGUUGCCUGGCAGUAUUGUGCUAUUUAUAUGCUUGUCUUGCUUGCUCGGGGCUUUGUUCACAUCCAGGAAUCCAACAAGCCUCUAAAGUCACUUUGCGUAGCCCGACUCCAUUCUUCUGGGCUGUGCUCCUAAACUACAAGGGUGUCAAAAACUUGCUAUAUAUGGAACUUCUCAACAGCAGUGGUGGUUGGCUGGUCCUUGACCACCAAGGUAUAGGUGAAGGAUGUAUUGACCAUGUCGGUCCUAAACACUGAUCACUGGGGUGAAAUGUUUGGCUACCACCUGAUUUGAUUCCUGUACUGUUCUCAUUGCAAUGGGUGGAAGAUCUUUUGUCCUGUAGGUCUUCCAGCUUCUGUAAGAUCACGUGUUUGAACUGCAAUAAAAAUGUCUCUGGGCAAGAAAUGUUUUAAUGCUGGUUUUACUGCAGAUACAAUAAAAUUUGACAUAUCUUUGCAA